UAUAAAAUCAAGCUUACUUCAAAAUAUACGACAAAAAAAAAGUCCAAAUCUCUUUGCAAUUUUGCAUAAAAAAUAAAAUUUCUUUUCAUCUAAAUUCAUUUUAAAUAAUAACAACAAAUACAUAUUAUAAUCCCAAAAACAGUUUAUUAUAAUUGCACGCAACACUAAUUGCAUUUGAAAAUGGUUUAGAAAAAUGCUAAAAUAAAUACACUUGAACCAUCUCAAUUUUUUGUAUUCGACUAUGAAACGAUCACUUUCGCCGGACUUUGCAUCCGAAGCAAAGCGCUUCGAUUCCUUUUUGCCAUCAUCGCAAUACAAACAGCAGCAACAACAGCAACAACAACAACAACAAAUGCAUAUUCACCAACAGCAACAACAAAUCCUUGCCCAGCAGCAAAUGCAAGCUGCGGCUGCUGUCGCUGUCCAACAGCAGCAACAACAGCAAUUCCAAAUGCACCAACAGAUUCAGGCUGCCCAACAACAACAACAAUUUCCUCCCAAUCCCACAUUUUACAACCAACCUCCUUUCUUUCCGAUGAACUCGGUUAACAUGCCUCCGUUCCCCACUCCGCCGACUACCACUCUCAUGUACAACAGCAGUUCCACAUGGAACUUCAUGUCAACACCUCCACCGUUCUUCACUCCACCUGCCACAACUCCCGGCGGUUCUAAUCAACCGCCUUUACCACCUCCCGAGUUAAAAGCCGAAAAACCACCUCUGCCAAAAGACCCAGAACCAGCGGCAGGAAUGAAUCCCCGCAAUGACUAUCUCUCAAGACCCACUGGCUCAUCACCGAGCUAUAAUCCCUCUCGCCUGAGAACACCCAACUCGGCAGGUGGCAUUCGAAUACGAGGCGUCAACGCCUUAAAUGGAACCAUGUACAAUGGUUUCAAUGGCAAUUUAGGCGGGAUUCGUGGUCCUCCUCCAAUUCGACCACCAAACUUGUCCCCAAACUCUGGGAUUCCAUCCUACUCCCGAAACCGUCGAAAGAAUCCCCAUCACUUCCCUGGAGUCUAUCCCCAUCCUUACUUUCAAAAUCCUAACCACUUUGGUAAUUACAAUGAAAUGCAUCAUCUAAAUGAAGAUGAUCAAGCAGCUGGUCCGGAAAAACUAACAAUUUUCCUUAACCAGUCUGAUAAUAGCACUGUUCAAGUGAACAAAAAGGCUAAAAGGAAGCCCAUGUCGACGAGAUACUCUUGUUCGAAAGAAUGGGUGAGGGAAGAUGCUGUAGCAGCUUUAGCUCUAGAAAAAGAAUUCAGUCGAGCAUCGACAAGAAAGAUGCUAAUUCUUAAAUUCCCUGAUCCAGAUCUCAAUAAGUACAUUGUUAAGAAGUACUCACCGUUUAUUGAAACGGUUCACUUUCAACAACCAUCGACACCUCGUUAUUGCUUUGUGCAAUUAAAAGAAGGUGCCGAUGUUGAGAAAGUGAUUGAAGCUAUUCGAGAGAUUCCAUUUGGAACUGGCAAAAUAGUUGCUGAACUGAAAAGUCAGCCAUCGGAGGAACAUCAGGUUUCUCCAGAAGAAAUUGAUCCAUAUACUUUGUAUAUUGGAAACCUGCCAACGUCGAUAACAGUGAAUACUGUUAAGGCGCAUUUUCCUAAAGCUCAUCGGGUUGAUAUUGGUUAUGCCCAGAGGAUGAGAUACACAAGAUAUGCAUUUAUCCGAUAUAACAGCUUUGAGGAAGCGAGUAAAGGUUAUAGGAAUACUGUAAAUGCAUUGCUAGAGUCUCGAAGUUUGAUUGUAAGAUUCCGAAGGCAAAAGGGGAAUAUUGGUCUUCCUGGGGAGACGAAAGCUAUACCACCGCCGAAGGAAACUCGAGAAACUUUGCCAGCGAAUGAUGUGGAAGAUGAUGAUUAUCAUGAAGAUGAAGAUGCGUAUUUGUUGGAUGAGAUUGAGGAGGAUGAUGAUGAUUUGAUUGAACAGGAUGAUGACCCAGUUGUCAGUGUGCUAUUGUGUACACCAAGUCCAACAGAGGAAGUUGGGGGGGAUAAAGAAAACAAUGCAGGCAAUUCAACAAAGGAAUCAGAAGCAUCACAGAGUUCGAAAGAAAUCCACAAGGAUUCUGUCACGAUCUCAGCUGGAACAGCAUCGAAUACAGAAAAAGCUGGCACAUCGAAAAGCGCAAUGAAUGAUAAAUCAAUAAGAUCCACCGCCGCUCCCGCUUCGGGAGAAGAAGACUCUAAGGAGAAUGUGUUAGAAAAGGCGAAGGAAUUGUUAAAGGAAACUGCAACUGCAUCAGCUACAACAAAGGCAGCAGUAACACCAGCGGCAGCACCGUCAAUAGAAAGACCCAAAUCAGAAUCUCCAGAUUGCAUAUGUACAGAUCCACCAGAAACUGCAAGAAAAGUACAUCUGGAACCUGCUGUGAAAGUGGAGCAAAAUAUCGAUGAGAGCAGUUCGGAUACUGAAGGUAUCAAUUUGCUGGGCACAAGAGUGAAGGAUGAGUGCGCUGAAAUUCCUGCGGGACCACCUACACCCACAUUGGAUGAUAUUUAUUUGGAUGAUUAUGAGUACGAUGAUUUGGAUGAAGAACCCGAAGAAGAAGAUGAUGAUUGGGCUGUUACCUCCAUGUCAACGAGAGCACCAACUAACUGGGAAGAAUUGCGUCGCCGCGAGUUAAAUGCCAAAGAGGAUAAACCAGAUUUGGAUAAAUUAGCCAAAAUUAGUGCUACACUAGCAACGGCAGCCAACAUCCAACCAAUUGUAGCAAAUCUCGAGCCCAAAAACGAGUUCGAAAAAUUAUUUACCGCAAGUCAAGCUCAUAAAAUAAGUGACACUAUAGGCGAGACUGAUGAUCUGCAUGAUAUGUUUGCCGAAAUGAAUUCAGACUUGGAUGAAGAUGAUGAUACACAAUUUUAAAUAAGAACACAACACAAUAAACUGACAUAGUUAAACAUUGUCAGUAAUACUUUAAAAUUACUAUAUUAUUGUAGUAGAUCGUAAAUGUUUUUCUUUUUUUUUUCUUUUCUUUUAAGUUCAAAUAAGGUUUUCACUAUCAUAUAUAAAAAUUAUAUUUUAGGCAUCCUAUCUAAAAAUUAAGCCAAGGGUAGUUAAAUUAUACCCCACUUAUAAAGGUGGAAAUACUAUAUUUUUUAAAAAGCUACAUAUAUAUUAUUUAUAUUUAUAUACGUAUUUUUUCAUUGUAAAACUUUAAAACAUACAUUAUUCUAUAUAGAUUUAAGAAUAAAUCUAAAAUUACUUUUAAGUAAAAAAAAAAAACAAAAUUAGUCCU